AUGAUCGGUGUGGCACAAAGGACUUCGACUCUUAACCAAAGCCCCGGGCCAAAAAUUGGUACCGGUAGCAGACCGGCUAGCAAGGAUGGGAAAAAGAAUCUAUGGUCCUCCAUGCUGGAUGGGGUUGCAAGCGGCAAAAGAUUACCAGAAAAAAACCUAUUAGUGUUAGGGGGAACACCGGAGAGUCAGAGAGAGUUUCUGGAUACACUAUCAUCCGACCCGUCAGAUCCAAGGCUGCCAUCGGAGAAACGAAAAGGAAAGGCUCCUCCAAUAGCGAACCAGUUUGCCCUUGGGUAUACGUAUCAGGAUGUCCUAGAUGCUGAUCAGGAAGAUAUCCUGGCCCGAGUAUCUGUUUAUCUUCUCUCUGAGCCCUCUCCAUCGUUCGCUCCUCUCCUCAAGCCGCUCCUCAACACAAAAUCUGUCCGUGAGACGUUGAUAGUAGUUCUGUUAGACUGGGAUUCGCCAUGGUCGUGGAUACGGCAAUUGAGAGAAUGGAUCCGCCUUUUAAGGUCUGUUCUGAUUUCUCUGGAUGAUGAUACCAAGCUGGUCAUGGAGGAAAACAUGAUGGAGUGGAAAGGGCAACGAAGGGGCAUUGAUUCCACGUACCCGUCAGGCUCUGGUGGCCCCGCAUCAAUACCUUUAGGGCCCGGUGAAUGGGAUGAAGGCCUGGGAAUCCCUAUGUGUGUCGUCUGUCAAGGAGCAGAGAAAAUCGAGAAGUUGGAGAAAGACCACGGCUGGCGAGAGGAGGAAUUUGAUUUCAUACUACAAUUCAUGCGCACAAUCCUUCUUAAGCAUGGAUCGUCACUUAUCUAUACCACGCCAUUCCUUGCCAACUCGUUGCAAAGUUUGAUACAUUCGUCUCUUGGCAUUCAUUCACUCCUCAAGAGACAAUCCUUUAAACACAAUGUCAUCGACAGAGACAAGAUUUUGGUGCCAUCCAAUUGGGAUUCAUGGGGUAAAAUUCGCAUCAUCAGAGAAGGAUUUGACAUGGAAGGUAUUGGAAAUGCGUGGUCAAUCGAAAUCCAAGAAUCCGCUGAGUCCUCCAAAGCUGAGGAUGAUAUUACUGAGAAAGAAGAAAGCUCAGCAGAGGGAACAAGCGCCGUAGCGAUCUAUGAGCAAACUAUCCAGGACCCCAAACAGGUUACCGCUAUCUCGCGAACGAGCCAAUCCGAUGGCAACCGAAUAGAAAUAGAAACAACCGACACCCAGACAUUUUUAGCGGAGCAGCUCGAGGUGCUUGAGCAGCUGAGAGCUGAAGAUGAGAAUCAGGAGCGCCAGAUGCGGAAGGAUGGAGUGCUUAGGGAGAGCCCUAUGAUUGAUGAGUCCGGCCGAGUGAACGAGCAUAUUGGACCAGUACAAUUCAAUAUGGGUGGUAUUCAGGUUGAUGCCGAUGACAUGCUGAGGAGAUUAAAGGAACGAGAAGCUAGCCGAGCGCCUAACCGCAAAGAGCGCCAAUCCGGGGGUGAAUCACCGCUCGCCGAAUCUCUCGGGUCGUCGCCUGUUAGCUCAACCGGGGAGCCAAAGAUGCAAAACCAAAGCCUGGCCAACUUCUUUGCAGGCUUGGUCAAGAAGCCAGGUGGUAGUCCUCGUUCGAACCAGGCGGCUUGA